AUGGAUAAUGUACUAUCAUUCGAGGAAGCAGUUAGAAAUGCAAAACAUUUUGAAAAUUUUGAAGAUGUUCUUAUAACACUUCAUUUUCAUCCUGAAUGGUUAACAAAAAUUCCAGAAACACGAAGAUGGGCAAUUCUUCAUCAUAUUGUUUAUUCUGAUUUUCGUUUAUUGAGUAAAACAAUUGAGAAUGAAACUAUACUUGAUAUUGCUAAAUUACGUGAUGAUCUAUCUGAUAUGUUAAAACGUAUUGAACGAUUAGUUAAACUUGAUGAAUUACUUAAUUAUGCUAGAGAAUAUCAAUGGAAUAAAUGUUAUGAAAUUGUUAAAGAAAAUUCAAUACUUGGUAAUGAAAAACCACCUUAUCGAUUAUUUUAUUUAAUUCAUCAUCUAGCUUAUGCUGAUGAAAUUGAACAAUUUAAAAAAUUUCAACAAAUUGAAAAUUUUCAAUUUGAUUUAACAUUACGAGUUGAUCGUAAAAAAAUAAAUGAUAUUGCACGAGAAGGUAAAGGUAAAAAUUUUGCUCAAUAUAUUGAAACAACAUAUCCAUCAUAUUUUAAUACUAAUUAUACUGAUGAUCAAUUAUAUGAACCAUCAGAACAAGCUAAAAAACAUACAAAAAAUAUAAAUACUCUCAUGGAUCAACGUAGUAUCUACAAUGAAUCGGAUUUUUCUUUUGGUCCAGCAAAAAAUCAUUUAACUCGAACAGAAGCCGAUAAAAAAGUGAAACCAAAAUCUACACCAUCAACAUCAACAAACAUUUCAAAUAAAUCUCUUCAACAACCUACGGAGGCUAUACUUAGUCUUCUUACGUGUUCUCUUACACGUGCUAUUGUUAACGAUCCUGUUGUUGCUGCUGAUGGAUUUACAUAUGAACGUACGGCAAUUGAAAAUUGGCUUCAAUCGAAUGAUCGUUCACCAAUGACAAACGAAAAACUUGCUCAUAAAAAUUUAAGUUCAAAUUUAGUAGUUAAACGAAUUUUAACCAGUAUUACUCAAUAA